GAGAGCCGGAAGAGGAAGACAAGACGUCACCAGUAGAGGCAGCAGCCGCAGCAGCCAAAGGCCAGACUCCAGGACCAGACACCGACAAGCCAGAGCCAGACACAGUAAGCAGGACACCUGAAAGACUGUCAUUGCUGCAAAGCAUCCGGCAAAAGCUGCUGCGUUCUAUUCGAGGUGUUCAGUCCUCAGUAGUGUCUGAAUCCGUGCAGCCAGAGCCAACCUCCACCAACACAGACGGCACGACUCCCGAGAAAGCAGCCGCCACCUCCUCCCAGACAGCAGACGAGUCUCUCCUCCCUCCAGGCUGGCAGCAGUUUGAGAAGUUUGGACACGUGACAAAGGCCUUCCUGGAGGACAAGCGAUUCAGCAGCCACUACCACCGCGGGAUCUUCAGCUGCGAGGAUCUGAUCCACCUUCUGGAGGAGCUGCUGGUGUUUGCCAAACUGGAGAGUGAGGAGGGUCCAGAGACCUGGUUGAUGCCGAGUGUCCUGAGACAAGUGGCGGAGGAGAAGGUAAAGGAAGUGUGCGUGUCGGCCGGUCCCCUAGUGGUAGACUUCCCCGACGGAGGUCCCCAGAACGGAAUCUUCUGCUCACUGAUGGCCCACGUCCUGUCUCCCCAGCACCCUCACCCCCACCCCUGGAAACUCUGCCUCUCCUCCAACCUGCCAAAGUGUUUGUAUCGCGACUGCAUCCAGUUCCAUGUUCCAGAUUUCGGUUCCGUCACUCUGGUGGAUCGCUUCCGGUACUUCGAGGCCCACGUCUCAGACACCACCAGCAAGGAAGAGGAACAGAAACUAUGGCAACACGUCGGCAAAUCCAUCUUCAACGGAAUUGAAACGGUGUCGGACAUGCUGGGCUACUCCAACAACAAGCCACGGCCAGCCAUCAUCUGUCCAAAGACCCACUCAGACAAGGCCCACACAGCCUACAUCAAGGACGGAAAAUGGAACUGCACCAGUGACAUGGGUGUCCGUGGGACUCUGGCAGAGCUGGGCACUGUCCUCCCCUGGUGUGACGAGGCUUGCAAACCAGCAGCAGUCCACAGUGUCAGAGGCAGCACCAGUCACCACUACACACUCCCAGCCACCUCCUACCACUUCCCAACAGUCCACACUAGACAUUGAUGACCAUUUUGAUGUGGUAUCUGAACUGGGUGACGUGGCUCACAUGUGGAAGUCACUGGGAGGAGCUCUCAGACUACGACAGCCUCACCUCGACAGAAUCGAAAAGCUGAGACCAAAACGACUAUGAGAGCUGUCUGUCAGAGAUGGUGACAGAGUGGCUGAACCAGUCUUACAACACGGAGCGUUUCGGACUGCCUUCAUGGAAGAUGUUGGUGGAGGCAGUGGCCCAUCGCAAUGGGGGGAACAACAACGCCCUUGCCAUACGCAUUGCCACCAAGUACAAAGUGCCAGCUCCAGCCCAGAACUGAGUCUCAGGAAAUCCCAACAUUCUCUCCAGAACCCCUCCUCCAGUCUGCUAGGACUCUCUCUUUGGACACCCCUCGGAUUUUGAUUGCCUCGGAUUACAUAAUAAUAUUGCCAUAUCAGCCUCACUCUCUCCAACCUGACGUCAGCUCUGGACUCAUUACCUGACAAACUUUGUCCAGUGAUAAGGAGAGGAAAGCAGAACUGCUCAGAGUGAUUUCCACUGAACAUCCUCACCUGACAUGGGAGCAUGUGUCAGAUGCCCUCUACCGGCUUGGAUAUGGAGAGUAUCACCAUGUUCUUGAGAGAGUCCAGUCCCUAUUCCCCACUGGAAGAAGACGUGCCAAGAAGAUCUACCAAGAAGAAAUGAAGCGAGGAGUCACCAAACGAAAACUGACUAAACUGGUGAUGGUGGGGAUUGCUGGCAGUGGGAAAUCAACGUCUCUACAGACAGUGAUUGGGGAGGAGCCACUGGCAGAAGACCAGCGCACCAGCACACCGCUCCUGACGAGACCCGUCCAAACAGAGGUGGUCAUCGUCCACGACAAGGUCCACUGGAAGAAGAGGAACCCGGAGGAGAAGAAGAAAUACAUUGCCAGCCUCCUGCGAGAGCGGGCCCAGCGACUAGGCCAAGCCUCUCUCACCAGCCAAGACCCAGCGUCCCUCCCCACACCUGCUCCGUCUUCCCCAGCCCAGCCCUCGUCCUCAGCCCAGCAGUCAUCCACAGCCACACAGCCAGUGAAAACAACUGGCAGUCCCACCACAAACACAUCAACAGCCGUUCCUGACAGGUCGUCCAGAGCAGCCCCAGCAGAGGUGACACUGGAGUCCCUGCUGCAGUCAUCUGAGGAGGACCAAGAGUACAUCUCCCUCAUCAACAUCCCCAGCGACUCUCACGAGACGCUCCUGGACGAGACGGUGGUGUACGUCGUGGACAGCGGAGGACAGCCCGAGUUCAUGGAAGCCAUGGCCGUGUUCCUUGGCGAGACCUCGGCCUGUGUGUUGGUGAUGGACCUGUCACAGUCGCUGGACGAACACCCUCAGAUUGGCUACUGGCUCAGGGGCAAGGCCGUCUCCAAGCCCUACCGCUGCAUCCGAACCAACGAAGAGAACCUGAAGAAGUUCAUCCAAACCGUCAACACGUUCACCUCCAAAACGAAGGGGCAGCCCUCGAUGCUGCUCUUCCUUGGCACCCACCGCGACCAGGCACACAAAUGUCUCCCCGAAACGGUGGCAGACAAGAACGAGCGACUGAAGAAGCUGAUCCCGGCAAAGUUUGAGAAGCAGAUCAUCCAGCUGGACAAGAAGACACUCAUCUUCGAGAUCAAUGCCCUGAAUCCAGACGACACGGACAGGAAGACGGCGGAGAAGGUUCGGAGCUACAUCUUGGAGCAGUGCCCGGCAAAGGAAGUGGAGAUCCCGGUGAGAUGGGACGCCUUUGAGGAGAAGCUGCGAAGCCUGGCCAAGGGUCUGGGGAGGCAGGUGAUGAGUCGCGAGGAAUGCUGGCGUGUGGCACAGUCUCUGGGACUGGAGGAGGACUCCUUCAACGAAGCCCUAGACUUCUUCCACAACUGGAGCCUCAUGUUUUACUUCCGCGACAUCCUCCCCGAAGUGGUGUUCAUCGACCCACAAGUCAUAUUGGACAAGGUCUCGGAGCUGGUGGUGUUCAUGUUUGAGCUGCGAGAGCCGGAAGAGGAAGACAAGACGUCACCGGACGAGGCAGCAGGCGCAGCAGCCAAAGGCCAGACUCAUGGACCAGACACUGACAAGCCAGAGCCAACCUCCACCAACACAGACGGCACGACUCCCGAGAAAGCAGCCGCCACCUCCUCCCAGACAGCAGACGAGUCUCUCCUCCCUCCAGGCUGGCAGCAGUUUGAGAAGUUUGGACACGUGACAAAGGCCUUCCUGGAGGACAAGCGAUUCAGCAGCCACUACCACCGCGGGAUCUUCAGCUGCGAGGAUCUGAUCCACCUUCUGGAGGAGCUGCUGGUGUUUGCCAAACUGGAGAGUGAGGAGGGUCCAGAGACCUGGUUGAUGCCGAGUGUCCUGAGACAUGUGGCGGAGGAGAAGGUAAAGGAAGUGUGCGUGUCGGCCGGUCCCCUAGUGGUAGACUUCCCCGACGGAGGUCCCCAGAACGGAAUCUUCUGCUCACUGAUGGCCCACGUCCUGUCUCCCCAGCACCCUCACCCCCACCCCUGGAAACUCUGCCUCUCCUCCAACCUGCCAAAGUGUUUGUAUCGCGACUGCAUCCAGUUUCAUGUUCCAGAUUUCGGUUCCGUCACUCUGGUGGAUCGCUUCCAGUACUUCGAGGCCCACGUCUCAGACACCACUAGCGAGGAAGAGGAACAGAAACUAUGGCAACACGUCGGCAAAUCCAUCUUCAACGGAAUUGAAACGGUGUCGGACAUGCUGGGCUACUCCAACAACAAGCCACGGCCAGCCAUCAUCUGUCCAAAGAGCCACUCAGACAAGGCCCACACAGCCUACAUCAAGGACGGAAAAUGGAACUGCACCAGUGACAUGGGUGUCCGUGGGACUCUGGCAGAGCUGGGCACUGUGCUUCCCUGGUGUGACGAGGCUUGCAACCAGCAGCAGUCCACAGUGUCAGAGGCAGCACCAGUCACCACUACACACUCCCAGCCACCUCCUACCACUUCCCAACAGUCCACACUAGACAUUGAUGACCAUUUUGAUGUGGUAUCUGAACUGGGUGACGUGGCUCACGUGUGGAAGUCACUGGGAGGAGCUCUCAGACUACGACAGCCUGACCUCGAUAGAAUCAAAGCUGAUCACCAACAAGACUCUAGCAGCUGUCUGUCAGAGAUGGUGACCGAGUGGCUGAACCAGUCUUACAACACGGAGCGUUUCGGACUGCCUUCAUGGAAGAUGUUGGUGGAGGCAGUGGCCCAUCGCAAUGGGGGGAACAACAACGCCCUUGCCAUACACAUUGCCACCAAGUACAAAGAUGACAGCCUCACUCCACACUCUGUAGCACGUGCUGUGGCUACUGUGAGAGAGUUAUGGGGUAUUGGGCUAGCGGACGGGCUACUGGAGUUUCUUGGUGUUCCCGAGUCAGUGAUAAAUCAGAUCAGAGACAGUAGAUCAUACUCGAGUGAAGAAGAGAAGAGAGUGGCUGGUCUGCAGUACUGCCUCCAGACUGUACCUGGUGUGUCGUGGGGGAAGAUAGCUAGUGUGUUAUGGCUCCUGGAGGAGCACACGGCCCUGGAGACUGUCAGACAAUACCUACCACACACACAUGAUAUCAGCCUCACUCUCUCCAACCUGACGUCAGCUCUAGACUCAUUACCUGACACACUGUGUGGAGACCUUUGGUGAUGGAUGGAUGUGCCAGAGUCCAUCACGGAUAAGAUAAAGUCUCAGUUGUCCAGUGAUAAGGAGAGGAAAGCAGAAUGCUCAGAGUGAUUUCCACUGAACAUCCUCACCUGACAUGGGAGCAUGUGUCAGAUGCCCUCUACCAGCUGGGAGUAUGGAGAGUAUCACCAUGUUCUAGAGAGAGUCCAGUCCCUAUUCCCCACUGGAAGAAGACGUGCCAAGAAGAUCUACCAAGAAGAAAUGAAGCGAGGAGUCACCAAACGAAAACUGACUAAACUGGUGAUGGUGGGGAUUGCUGGCAGUGGGAAAUCAACGUCUCUACAGACAGUGAUUGGGGAGGAGCCACUGGCAGAAGACCAGCGCACCAGCACACCACUCCUGACGAGACCCGUCCAAACAGAGGUGGUCGUCGUCCACGACAAGGUCCACUGGAAGAAGAGGAACCCGGAGGAGAAGAAGAAAUACAUUGCCAGCCUCCUGCGAGAGCGGGCCCAGCGACUAGGCCAAGCCUCUCUCACCAGCCAAGACCCAGCGUCCCUCCCCACACCUGCUCCAUCUUCCCCAGCCCAGCCCUCGUCCUCAGCCCAGCAGUCAUCCACAGCCACACAGCCAGUGAAAACCACUGGCAGUCCCACCACAAACACAUCAACAGCCGUUCCUGACAGGUCGUCCAGAGCAGCCCCAGCAGAGGUGACACUGGAGUCCCUGCUGCAGUCAUCUGAGGAGGACCAAGAGUACAUCUCCCUCAUCAACAUCCCCAGCGACUCUCACGAGACGCUCCUGGACGAGACGGUGGUGUACGUCGUGGACAGCGGAGGACAGCCCGAGUUCAUGGAAGCCAUGGCCGUGUUCCUUGGCGAGACCUCGGCCUGUGCGUUGGUGAUGGACCUGUCACAGUCGCUGGACGAACACCCUCUGAUUGGCUACUGGCGCAGGGGCAAGGCCGUCUCCAAGCCCUACCGCUGCAUCCGAACCAACGAAGAGAACCUGAAGAAGUUCAUCCAAACCAUCAACACGUUCACCUCCAAAACGAAGGGGCAGCCCUCGAUGCUGCUCUUCCUUGGCACCCACCGCGACCUGGCACACAAAUGUCUCCCCGAAACGGUGGCAGACAAGAACGAGCGACUGAAGAAGCUGAUCCCGGCAAAGUUUGAGAAGCAGAUCAUCCAGCUGGACAAGAAGACACUCAUCUUCGAGAUCAAUGCCCUGAAUCCAGACGACACGGACAGGAAGACGGCGGAGAAGGUUCGGAGCUACAUCUUGGAGCAGUGCCCGGCAAAGGAAGUGGAGAUCCCGGUGAGAUGGGACGCCUUUGAGGAGAAGCUGCGAAGCCUGGCCAAGGGUC